AUGCGCCGCGACGAGGAGGACGCUGUGGAGGCCCUGGCGGGGUUCCCCUCUCCGGCCCCGGACUCCGCGAGGACCAUCUUUCCCGACUCGAACCGCACCGAAUCUGUUGCCCGGCUCCAGAGAGAUUAUCAUAACCUGUGUCUGGACAAAUCCCAGAGAGUUAACCCUUUCAUAUCGCGCAGACUCCAGGAAUUGUAUGAAGAGGUUACAAAGGGAGGGGAAGAAGGAAUAACGUUGAACAUUACUGGCAACAGCCGCUUGGCACCAGUAGAGAGAGUGACAGGUGAAGAUUUUUGGAUUCUUUCCCGAGUUUUAAAGAACUGUCUGUAUAUUAAUGGCUUGGAUGUCAGAUACAACCUCCUGGGUGACGUCGGGGCUUACUACUCUUCGAAGCUGAUUCAGAAGCAACUUAAUCUGGUUUACUUAAACCUUAUGUUCAAUGACAUUGGCCCUGAAGGUGGAGAAAUGAUUGCCAAAGCACUGCACAAGAAUAAAACUCUGAAAUACCUAAGAAUGACUGGAAACAAGAUUGAAAAUAAGGGGGGAAUGUGUUUUGCUACAAUGCUGCAAAUUAACUCAUCCUUACAGAAGUUGGAUCUGGGCGACUGUGAUCUGGGGAUGCAAAGUGUGAUAGCAUUUGCUACAGUGCUAACCCAAAACCAAGCGAUUAAGGGGAUAAACCUUAACCGACCCAUACUGUAUGGAGAGCAGGAAGAGUCCACAGUCCAUCUUGGCCACAUGUUGAAAGAAAAUCACGUUCUCGUUGAGCUGCACUUGUGCAAGCACGGCAUCAAGAGCUUCGGCAUGCAGCAGCUGUGUGAGGCUCUGCGUCUCAACAGCGCCCUGCGCUACCUGGACGUCAGCUGCAAUCAAAUAACUCGUGACGGAAUGAUGUAUUUGGCCAAUGUACUGAAAAGCAAUACUACCUUGGAAGUGAUUGAUCUUUCUUUUAAUAGAAUAGAAAACGUGGGUGCAGACUAUCUCAGCAAAACCCUUACUUCACACAACAGAAGUCUUAAAGCGCUGUCCGUGGUGAGCAACAACAUCGAGGGGGAAGGGCUGGUCGCCCUGUCAGCGGCCGUGAGGACAAACCCCGUGUUCUCCAACAUCUACAUCUGGGGAAACAAGUUUGAUGAGGCCACGUGUGUAGCAUAUUCAGAGUUAAUUCAGAUGGGCCAUCUAAAGCCCGAGGACACUGACGUGGAGCCCUUCACCGUGGACGGGCAUGUGCACCUGGCAGAGGUCUCCCACGGCCUGAAGAAGCAUUACUACUGGACGCCCAGCAUCGGGGAGGCCCACGGCCACUCAGCUAAUGCAGGCUUUGCUCUCAUCCCGGUGGGGCAACACAUAUGA